AUUGUUUUGAGACAUGAUGAAAUUUAAAAAUAACCCACAAAUUUCCCAAUUUCAAAAACAUCGUCAGAUUUAACUGUUAUUUGAUCAUUAUUUGACGCAAUGGCGGCGGAAGAAAUGUUUGUCGGGUAUCAUAACACUAUUUGACGUUUGCGAUAUUUUUUUUCAACGCUUGUUUAUGUUUAGCUUUGUGUUUCACCGCAGUUCAGAUUUUGGUUAAAUUUCAGUUUUAUUUCAUCUUUUCAACCUAUACUAAUAUUCGCUGCAAUGGCAGCAAAUGUUUCGGAUAAAGAUUCGGUUCUGAAAAAACGCAUUCUGCCACGAGGCUUACAGAAGCUGAUCGAGCAAUGCUUAAAGAUUUAUCCAGAUCAAACGAAUCCGCUGCAGGUGACGACCGUGCUAAAAUACUGGCUCGGUGGUUUAGAUCCGUUAGAUUACAUUAGCAUGUAUCACAAUGCGGGCGAUCCGGAGCAAAACAUCCCACCACACUGGCACUACGUUAGCUUCGGGCUAUCCGAUCUACACGGGGAUGGUCGUGUGCAUCUUGCGGACACAUCGGGCGGUCUCGAACCACGUUCCGGGAUGGGGUUUGAGCUAACCUUUCGAUUGAUAAAGUCUCCCGACGCACCCGCCAACGAACGGCCUCCAACUUGGCCCGCAAACUUACUGCAAUCGCUGGCUAAGUACGUGUUUCAAUCAGGCAACCGGCUGUGCACCGGAGACAAUAUCCCUUGGCGGCGUUCCCUUGAUGGUAGUAAGGAUACUAACACGGCCAUACAACAUAUGCUGAUUGCGGAAGAUCCACAGCUCCCACGUACGGAAACCCCGUUCGGUUGGGUCGACUUCCUACAGAUCGUGGGUGUCACGAACGAGGAGCUCGAACAGGCUUCACGCUGGAACGGAAAGGGUAUGUUGAAUCUGCUGACUAAAGAUCCCGCAACGGGUGGUCCGUGGUUGAUCACGGACAUGGGCCGAUCGAGCAGUGUGUUCGAGCAAUUCCCGGAAACACUUCGGCAGCUCGAGCUAGACCUGGAGAAGGAAGGAUCCGAUCUAGCGGGUGUUAAUGCCGAUUUCACCUUUAAGGAGCUCGCAAAGGGGGCCUUAACCGUGGCCAUAAAGCAAGAGGUACUCGAUCCGGAAGAGGACCUGUCUCGUUCCAUCUCCUCCUGCAACAUCGCGGUCAAGCAGGAGUUGAAUGAAGACACCCUGGAACGUUCGACCGGCUCUACCUCUUCGGAUAUGGUGAACCCGUUCGAUAAUCCGAACAUUCCGUCACGGGUAUUUCCGCUGACCGGCAUCGAACUGACGCUGGCACCGUAUGCCGCCAAGUUUCUCAUGCUCGCCGUGCGCGAUCGCAUCCGCCACGGACGACAUUUUACGUUCAAGGCGCAGCAUAUGGCUGUCACGUUCGUCGCCGAAUCGGUGACCGGGUCGAUCGUGAAUCGCCAAACGCCGUACGCCGUGCUCGGCAGCUGGGUCCAGAUACUCAUCCCGAAUCGAUUAGUGCCGCGUAUGGUAGACAGUUUCGGUGAGCUGAGCACGCGAAGUGCGGACAGUUUAAAGAUUCCCCUCACAUACGAAUGGCCGGAACAGAACCUUAAAUUCAUUAUCGACAAUCCGCCUCCGGAGCUGCUCAAUCAACAAGGACCGAUCCUGGCAUGAGCCGUCUGCCUCAGGCAUGGUUGGGUAGCAUUUUCUUGUGAAUGGGUAUUAUUACUUACGACUGCCUUGAUAUUGCUGCUGCACACCCGGGACCACUGGGUGCGCAGUUUUAGACUAAGUAACGGAUAAGUGUAACGCUGCUGCUUUUCUCAUUUUUAACAAAAUAAAUCUCAUUAUUUCUUCCUCAUUUC